CUCGACCUUGCAAAAAUCAAUCAUUUAAAUGAAUUUUCCGUUGUGAGUUCGUGAGCGUGCAAAUCAACAUGGAAGACAGUUUCAGAGUUCGAGUAGAGAAAGCUUUUGGUUCUCUUCCAAUACCUUCUUCCGCAUCUCUUUGGUCUCUCACCGAAGAUGAAAUCAAUAACCCACCCAAACCUAAACCCGAACAUCAACCCAAACCCAAACCCUACCCAUCUUCAUCUUCUUCUUCUCUCGACCCUCAUCUUGAAAACGACCUCCAACAAGACCAAAACGCAGGGCCUUCUAAGCCGCCCGAUUAUAAUGAUGAACAGUGGCAGAUUAAGUCUGGUAUUGGCCUCGAUUGCACCCUCGAUUUCGAGGAAGAGGAAGAUCAUUAUGACAAACAGGCCAUUGGCAAAGAUGACAAUGGGGAUCGUUUGUAUAUGAGUGAUAUAAAUGAAGAUGGGAUUGGAAUAAGUUCUCGUGCGUUCGGAGAUUUUGCAAGAGACCCGCGAGCAAAUCACAUGGCUGCUAGGAUUAAGCUGAAGCAGGAUGAUGAAGCGGCUAGAAAAAAUGAUACAUUGCAUGUAUCUGAGAAAUCUACACCAGAAAUUGUUGGUGGGGGUGAUGCAGUUAACCCCAAGUCAAUUUUGAAGAGUAAAGAUAAUCCUUCAGAGUCUCGGCCCAAUAAACGUGUUCGAUUUGAUUCUGAAUGUGAUGAUAGAGAUGGUAAUGAUGAUGAUGAUGGUGAGAAGGACGAAACCAGGGACGUUCGCAUGAAGACCUCUUCAAUGGAAGAGGAUGCGACUUUAAAUCAGCCAUCAAAGUCACGGGAAUUCCAAUCAGCAGUUCCUGACUAUAUUCGCAAUCCUUCAAGAUACACGCAUUAUACUUUUGAUUCUUCAACUGACAUGGAUGACAAAGCAAAUAAGGAGGCAUACAUGAGCUUUCUUGCACAGAUAAAAGGUUCAAAUGCAUCAUCACAAGCAGAUGAUGCUUUGGAUGAUCUUCCUGCAGUUACCUUUAUACCGAAGAAGAAAUCUGGUGAUGUCACUAUGGGAGAGACUGAGACAGUGUCAAAGGUAAAGCUUGAUGUUGGCAAGGAGUUCAUGAAUAAAAAAGCCUUCCCUGUUACCAUUGCUGCUGCUGGUGACACCGAAAACAGUGAUGUAUGUGCAAUGGAGGAGGAUGAACAUGAAGUUAUUGAGGAUACUAAAAAAAGCUCUCAGAAGUCAAACCGCAAGUACAGGAAGAAAACCGAGGAGGAGUUGGAGGAGCCUAGUGUGUAACUGCGUAGCAAGUUCCUAGAUUUAUUAUAGUAUCUUGGAAGCACGGUAGCUCAUCUCCUGCUGUGCGGUUUUCCACCCCCCCUAAGUGUAGUUUCCAACUGACUACAUGGUGCCACUGCGGUUUCCUUCAUUUUCAAGCACUUGCUUACAUAAUUUGGUAUAAUCAGACUUAUCACUAGCUUUUUUGUUCCUUCAACUUUGGGGUCUUAUAAGGCCAACGUGCCCCUUCAUGAUUUGUGGAAAGACAUCAAUGUACCUGGAUUUCGACUGGGAAAGUUAUGUAGUUUCUUUGUAACUGCUGUAGGUGUAAACUUCAAAUCAAACUAAUCAAGCAUAAUAAUUUGAGUGGAGCUUUAGAAUUAAGAUUAUUGUCUCUUUGAAGUAACAAAUGGUAGCAAGGUGCUGUGCUGAUGGCAAUUUUCACUGGUUUAUGAUUAAUAGAUUUAAAGAACUUUCUGUCAAGAGCAACUUUUCUGUACGUAAAUUGUGUUAAAUUUGGCGAAUGAAAAAUAUAUAUCGGAUAAUUUUUUA